AACAAGUCAUUCUUAUUCUUGUUUCACUUUCCCCAAAAUGGCCGAGGAUCAGCACAGCCAAAACCACCAACCUACAAACCCUCAAAAGCCCCCUAGGGUUCCUGAAAUCGGAGGAGGGGGUUUGAAAGCGAAUUACCCGAACCCACCGGACGCAACGAACCCGGACCCCGCAACCCUAAGGGAGCAGUGGAAGUACGCCACCAGACAGUACGGCAAAUGGUACGGACACGCUUGGGGCACCGCCAUACUCGCCGGAAUUUCUUUCUUCGCUCUUGGCUGGGUUAUUAAAGGCGGUAACCCUAUCCCUUCUUUCCACCAAAACGACGACGCUUCUCCUCCUGAUGUUAAGGAAAAGAGAUGAAUUUGUUUUGUUAAGUGAGUUUUGAUUUUGGGGUACUUCUGCUUGUAUCAUUUUGUAUUUCAUCUUCUUUUUUCUGUUUGUGUAAUAAUAAUACGUUUUGUCGUUGCAACAAGUAAAAUUUGGACCGUAUGGCGUUUCUUUGUGAAA